AUAUCAGCUAUAGCUUGUCUCGAUUGUCUUAUUGAAUGGGUUUACAAAUCCAGACGCUUCGGUUUAAGAUUCGUGUGGGUGUGGAAGUUGCUGUCUGUCUCUGGUGGCUGUUGGAUGGAUGGAUGGAUGGGUGGCUGUAUAGACUCUCGUGCAUUGAUACAUAUACCAAAGCCCCAUUCCCGGUGGACCAUACUGUAUCUGUACCGUCAAUUCAGCUCCCGAGUCAACUUCCCAUCGUUGUUGUUGCUGCUGCUGUUGCUACUACUGCUGCGACUGCUGCAUACACUGAUUGAAUUGCAGGCAGCCUUCAUCUGUCUCCAGGCUGUUUUUGCCCCCUCCCCUCCUCUCCUCAUCCAUUGGCGUUAUUCCCUCUCCUCUUCCUCCUCUUUUCCCCUUUCUCCUCUUCUUCCUCUUCUCCUCCCUCUUCUUCAUCACAAGCUUUCGAUCCUUUUUCAGUCCUUGCCAUUCCUUUCUUUCCUUUUCGCGCGUUCGCCCACACAGUCAGUAGUUUUUUGCCCUAUACAUUCCCACGACUUUGCCUACCACCAAACACUACGACUACUACUACUACAACAACACCCGCUGCCACACUCCACUUCUCUUAACUUGACGGCAGCGGUUUUUUACCCAGCCACACCUGCUUCUAUUAUUUUACUUAUUUUUUUUUUCUCUUCUAUAUCCCUCCGUGCCUUUCCUCGGGACCGGAUUGAGUCCUCGUGACUUGGGGCUUUAUCUAUCUGUUUUUCUGUCUGGCCUCGACAAACGAACCGGAUUGUAUCAGGAAAAUUCACUUGGUGUGGGCGAAUGUCGCCUCUAUGGUCUUUUU